AUGGCUAGUGAGGAAGGAAUUGGUGGCUUCGGCCGCCGCAGACCGCAAUUUGAGGGCGACGACACCACCCCAACGACCGACCGUGAACUCAAGGGCUGGUAUUCUUACGGCAUCGCUGCCGAAGUCUUUGCGGUAUGCGGCGUUGGCUCUUUCCUUCCCGUCACGCUCGAGCAACUUGCUCGUGAGCGGGGUGUCUUGCGAACCGACGGCGUAACCUCUUGCAUGGAUGCCCAAGACAAGACCCAAUGCGUCGUCUAUCCUUUUGGCAGACAGGUCAGCACUGCCAGUUUUGCCAUGUACACCUUUUCCAUCGCCGUAUUUUUCCAGGCCCUCGUCUUGGUUUCUUUCAGUGCUGUCGCCGACCAUGGCACGUACCGCAAAAAGUUUCUGCUCACAUUUGCAUAUGUCGGAGCAGCUGCUAGCAUGCUCUUCAUCGUCGUCUCUCCAUCCUUGUAUCUCCUAGGCUCUUUGCUGGUGAUCAUUGGCGUAGCGUCUCUCGGAUCGUCAUUCGUGCUGCUCAACUCCUUUCUGCCAUUGCUGGCCGCAAACGAUCCCUCUGUGACUACGCAUUACAAGAACGUAUCCCAUGACGACGAAGAUGAUGAUACUUCAUACGACUCUUCAAGCACUUCAGCGCCUGAGCUUGCUCUUUCAAACAAGAUUUCAAGUAAGGGCGUAGGCCUUGGAUACAUUGCUGCAGUCUUUGUCCAAGUCCUGAGCAUCGGGCUUCUUUUUGGCUUGUCCAAAGUUCAUUUCUCGUCUUCAUCCAUCCCAUUACGGUCGGUACUUUUUCUCGUCGGCCUCUGGUGGGCCGUCUUCACCAUCCCGUGCGCUCUAUGGCUGCGGGACCGCCCCGCCCCACCGUUGGCCAGCUCGCUCACCCGGAAAAAUCGCCUGGCCCAAGUCGCGGCCUACAUCGGCUUCGCCUGGAAGUCGGUAUGGACGACGAUAAAAACGGCCGCCCAGCUUCGGCAAACCCUUGUCUUCCUCCUUGCGUGGUUCCUGCUCUCGGACGCCAUCGCCACCGUCUCCGGCACGGCCAUCCUCUUCGCCCGCACCGAGCUGAAAAUGGACACGGUCCCCAUCGCCAUCCUCUCCAUCACGGCCACCUCAUCCGGUAUCGCAGGCGCCUUCAUCUGGCCGCUCAUCUCGCGCCGCUACGACCUUCCAACCCACAAGACCAUCGUCGCGUGCAUCUUUCUCAUGCAAGUGAUCCCGAUCUACGGGCUCAUGGCCUACAUCCCCUUCGUCAAGAAAUGGGGCGUCGGCGGCCUGCAACAGACGUGGGAGAUCUAUCCGUUGGGCGUCGUGCACGGCUUCGUGAUGGGCGGACUGUCGUCGUACUGCCGCUCCUUCUUUGGCACGCUCGUGCCGCCUGGUUCCGAAGCGGCGUUCUUCGCCCUCUAUGCCGUCACGGACAAGGGGUCCUCGGCCAUCGGUCCCGCUAUUGUCGGUGCGAUCGUGGAUAGGACUGGUGGGCUGAGACCUGCGUUUUUGUUCCUGGCUGCCCUGAUUGCGGCGCCGGUCCCACUCGUGCUGUAUGUGAAUCCGGAGAAGGGGAGAGCGGAUGCGAGGGCAUUGGCUAGGAGGAUGGCUGGUGGAAGAGGUGGUGGAUAUGAAAGGGUUAGUGCAGGGGAGACGGAGGAUGAGUGA